AUGGGUUCUAUUUGUGAAGUAUGGAAUGAAAUGAUUAUUGGUGGUCAUCCGGUCGUAGCUCAGUGUGAAUCACCACCAGAUCAUGAUGAUGAUGAGCUGACAAUGAUAUAUGUAGAACAAGAGCAGGGCAUUGAUGAUGCUGCAAGUGACAAAAAUCAGUCAAUGUCUCCUAACCCUGAUGAUUAUGAGCCAGAGCUACCACAGUCAGAGCAUGUCGACGAUUUCCAGAACGAGUUUAGAUGCUGUUGGCCAAAGAAAGUUGGCACAAUAGAGAGUAAUUCACCAGUAGCUCCACCAAAGCCGAUAGUCUUACCAGCGCCGACAACUAAACAAGGCGACCUUGGAAAUCCUUCGUUGGACCAUACACAGAUUCUGGACAUAAUAAGUAUCACCUCAUUAACUUAUAGUAUUAUCGGUACACUGGUGCUGAUCUGUUGUCUGGCUCUAUUCUGGGUUCUAUUGGAAGAACCAGCAAUAGGCAGUGGUGAACCGAUGACAUUGGAUCAUAUAAUGUCAAAAGAGCAAUUGGAAAACAUAAUAGAACUUGGACGCACCGCUUUUCCAGAAUUAAAAACUGAAGAUGCAAAGAGUGAAGAUAAAAAGGAAGCUGUCAAGAGAGAUGGGAUUCGAACUGAAAGAGAAACUAGUAAGGGUGAUCUGACUUCGAAGAGACAAUUAACAGGAGCAGCUAAAAAAAUACGUGAAAGAAAAGAAGAAGAAAACUCGAAAAAUGUAAAAAGAAAAAUUCACCUCCGUAAGAACAGUAGUGAUGAUGACGAUGAGGACAAUGCCUGA